AUGAAGGGCCUCCUCUUUUACCCUCUUCUCCUGGCCUCAUCAGCCAUGGCAGAGAAGCUUCUUUAUCAGAAUACGUUCGACUCCAGCGAUGCUGUUUCCGACUGGGUUCCCGAAGGUCCCGUCAACGCGACCAUCAGCAACCACACUCUGGAGCUGAGCGGCGCGGGAGGAAUCGACGACCAUUUUGUUUUCUGGGUCCCAGAAGUCUUCCCCGAUCGAAUCCGGAUCACGUGGGAAUUUUCAGCCGUUAAUGAACCUGGACUGGCCAUGUUCUUUUUCGGCGCUGCAUCAGUCGCAGGUGGCAGCAUCUUCGACAAAGGCUUGGCACCGCGCAACGGCUCCUAUCCUCAAUACCACUCUGGCGACAUUCGCACCUUGCAUGCUUCCUACUUCCGUCGGCGAUGGCCCGAGGAGCGAGCCUUUCAUCUAGCCAAUCUGCGCAAGUCUCCGGGUUUCCAUCUCGUUUCGCAGGGUGCCGACCCGCUGCCUUCUGUCGUGGAUGCCAACAGCGCUUUUUACAAGGUCGAGGUCGUCAAAGACAAGCGUGAUGUUACCUUUUCAGUCAAUGGCUUGCUUCUUUUCUCUUGGGAGGACGUUGACCGCUCAACUGGCCCUGUGGUUCGUGGAGGACGAAUUGGUUUUCGACAAAUGAACCCACUAGUUGCACGAUACCGCAGCCUCCAGGUUUGGAAACUAUAA